AUGGACACGCUCGGCAGCGUCUCCGUCAUCCCCCCACCGGAAGCCGAGGACCCCCUGACGACCUGUCUGAACAGCACCGAGGAGUACCUGGCCUGCGUCUACGGCCCCCGGCGCAGCCCCCUGUGCCUGCCCGUGUCGGCGGUGUACGCGCUCAUCUUCCUGGCGGGGGUGGCGGGCAAUGCGCUGGUGUGCCUGGUGAUCGUCCGGCACCAGGCCAUGAGGACGCCCACCAACUACUACCUCUUCAGCCUGGCCGUGUCGGAUCUGCUGGUCCUGCUGCUGGGCCUGCCCCUGGAGACCUACGAGCUGUGGCACAACUACCCCUUCCCGCUGGGGCCCGCGGGCUGCUGGUUCAAGACGGCGCUGUUCGAGACCGGGUGCUUCGCCUCGGUGCUCGGCGUGGCCGCCGUCAGCGUGGAGCGCUACGUGGCCGUCGUGCACCCGUUCCAGGCCAAGCUGGACAGCACCCGCCGGCGGGCCCUGCGCGUCCUGGGCGCCAUCUGGAGCCUGUCCGUCGUCUGCUCGCUGCCCAACGCCGGCGUGCACGGUAUCCGGCUCCAGCAUUUCCCCAACGGGUCCCUGGUGCCCGGCUCUGCCACCUGUGCGGUCAUCACGCCCAUGUGGAUCUACAACUUCAUCGUCCAGGUCACCUCCUUCCUCUUCUACCUCCUCCCCAUGGUCCUCAUCAGCAUCCUCUACUUGCUCAUGGGGCUCAGGCUGAAGAAAGACAAAUCCCUGGAGGCUGAAGAAACGACUGUAAAUAUUCACAGACCCUCUCGCAAACCAGUCACCAAGAUGCUGUUCGUCCUGGUCCUGGUGUUCGCCGUGUGCUGGACCCCCUUCCACAUUGACCGGCUGUUCUUCAGCUUUGUGGAGGAGUGGACUGAGUCUCUGGCAGUGGCCUUCAACCUCACCCAUGUGGUGUCAGGUGUGUUCUUCUACCUGAGCUCAGCGGUCAAUCCCAUCAUCUAUAACCUCCUGUCUCGUCGCUUCCAAACAGCAUUUCGGAAUGUCAUCUCCUGCAAACUGAGGUGUGUCUGGAAUCGUACCCCAGUGCCACCUGCCCACAGGGACAUCAUCCUGACAGAGUGCCACCUUGUGGAGCUGACCGAAAAGGCAGUGCCCCGGUUCCCCUGUCAAUCAUCCAUCUGCCACUCACCAGCCCCUGCAGCCCUCUGUACUGAGGCUGAUCCCGCCCCAUGA